ACCACUUGCUCGUGCAGUCGUGUCUCAUUCCGGUCCCCAAUACCUUACACCGACCUAAAGCCCAAAACCAGAGGGCUUGAAGGCUUCUCAAUUCUUCCUCUUCCCUUUUAAUACACUCCUUCUACUUCUUCAUUCUUCUACAUCUUCUCUGCAAAUGCAUCUUUGAUCCAAAGUUUAAGCUCUCGAGGCUGGUAAAGGACUAAAGCCAAGGGUUGCUUCACCAGCUACAACGAUGUUGCUUCAUUUUUUCCUAGCUUCCUUUGUGUUCCUCAGCUCUGUCAAAGAUGGGAGUGCCAGGAUCACAAGCUCUUUCGUUCGCUCAGAGUAUCCAUCCGCCGACAUCCCCCUCGACCAUGAAGCAUUUGCAGUUCCAAAGGGUUACAAUGCACCUCAACAAGUACAUAUCUCCCAAGGUGACUAUGAUGGAAAAGCAGUGAUCAUCUCCUGGGUGACAACUGAUGAACCAGGAUCCUGCAAAGUGCAAUAUGGAACAUCAGAGAACAAACUUCAAGAUUCUGCAGAUGGCUCAUUUACAAACUACACUUUCUAUCAAUACAAGUCUGGUUUCAUUCAUCAGUGCCUUAUUGAAGAUCUUGAGUAUGACACUAAAUACUAUUACAGAAUAGGAAGUGGUGAUUCUUCUCGAGAUUUUUGGUUCAAAACACCUCCCAAAGUGGGGCCAGAUGCUCCCUACAAAUUUGGAAUCAUUGGUGAUUUGGGCCAGACAUUUAAUUCGCUUUCCACACUUGAUCACUACAUUGAGAGCGGAGCUGAGACUGUGCUGUUUGUUGGGGAUCUUUCUUAUGCUGAUAGGUAUCAGUACAAUGAUGUUGGUCAGCGGUGGGAUACAUGGGGCCGGUUUGUUGAAAAAAGUACAGCAUAUCAACCAUGGAUUUGGUCUGCUGGAAAUCAUGAAAUAGAUUACAUGCCCUAUAUGGGAGAAGUUGUUCCUUUCAGGAAUUUUCUUAACCGAUUUCCUACUCCUUAUUUGGCCUCCAAAAGCAGCAACCCCCUCUGGUAUGCAAUCCGGCGUGCAUCUGCUCAUAUUAUUGUCAUAUCCAGCUAUUCACCUUUUGUGAAGUACACACCUCAGUGGACUUGGCUCAAAGAUGAGCUCAAGCGAGUUGAUCGGGAGAAGACACCUUGGCUCAUUGUUCUAAUGCAUGUGCCACUCUACAACAGUAAUGAAGCGCAUUACAUGGAGGGUGAAAGCAUGCGAGCAGCUUUCGAGAGCUGGUUCAUCGAUCAUAAAGUUGAUGUGAUCUUUGCUGGUCAUGUUCAUGCUUAUGAAAGAUCGUAUCGUUACUCCAAUGUUGACUACAACAUCACCAGCGGUCACCGGUAUCCCGUACCGGACAAAUCAGCACCUAUUUACAUAACAGUUGGAGAUGGAGGAAAUCAAGAAGGUCUUGCUUCAAGGUUUACCGAACCACAGCCUCAAUACUCUGCGUUUCGAGAAGCCAGCUAUGGACACUCCACUCUGGAGAUAAUGAAUAGGACCCAUGCUGUCUACCACUGGAAUCGCAAUGAUGAUGGCAAGAAAGUCAAAACUGACUCAUUCGUGUUGCAUAACCAGUAUUGGGGAAGUCAUAGGAGAAGAAAGCUGAACAAGCAUCUUCUAGUGAGGCUAUUUGAUGCAGAUACAAUUACCACCAUCUAAGAGAGUAGCUUGAAGAAUGCAUGUAUUGGGGGUAGUGAAGAAAAAGUGUCAUAAACGCUCGCUCACUAGUAUAUUCUGCUCAAUAGUUUUGGGAUGAGUGAAAUACAGGUCUCUGGAAAUGUAAUAAGCGUGUGCUUAUCAUGCUAAUGAUUGUUAGAUCACAAGAUUGCAGCUGAAGAGGAAAAAGCUUAAACCAAAUUAAUAAAUAGUGUGUACCAUUAAGUAGAAGGAUGAUCAAGUCACCAGUCCGAGACUUGUUUUCAUUAAUGUGUUGCUAUUUGGAGAUGAGGACUGAGGGAUGGAGGGAAAAUAAUCAACGUUAUGCGUCAAAGUAUAAUUACCUUACUUCAAGUGUAAUGUAACGGGGACGUGCAUAUAAAAUUCAAUUCAACUGCUUUUUUUAUUA